AUGGGUUCAACGGGCCACCCGAACGUCUUCCGGGUCGCAAUUGUCGGAGGGGGUAUCGGGGGAUUGUUUUGUGCUUUAUCGAUCCAUCAUCACUGCCAACGGGCAAAGGUCCUUGUCCGUAUUGAUGUCUACGAGCAGGCAGCCGAGUAUAAAGAGAUCGGAGCUGGUGUGGGACUUGGGGUCAAUGCGGCUCGGCUGAUUCACAGGCUGGGACUUGGUACCCAGCUCAACGCCAUCGGCGGUGACCGUCGUGGGGUAUGGUUCAGUUUCCGUCGCUUUGACAACAGCGAAGACAUCAUCACGACCGCACAGCCAAGCCAAGGUGAGGUUCGGGAGGCUCCUUGCGCUAGAUCCAAUCUCCUCAACAUGCUGUUGGAAGCUGUGGAAACCCGACAGGCAGCCACACUGCAUAAGAACAAAGCCUGCAUGACGCUUGAGGAGCAAGGGGACACAGUAGACAUAUGCUUUCGGGAUGGCAGCAAGGCUACAGCGAAUCUGGUGGUUGGAUGCGAUGGGAUACACUCCGCCGUGAGGAAUCAGUUUGCCGAUGACAAGCCUGUCAACAGCGGUACGAUUGCCUACCGAGGAGUCGUACCUAUUGCUUCACUCACAGACUGGCCCUUCCAACACUACAACAACAUAUGGGCAGCGAAGCACAAGCAUUUUCUGACGUAUCCAAUCACCAAGAAUAAAGACAUGAACAUUGUUGCGUUUGUAACCAAAGGCAAACGUGAAGUGUCGGAUGUGAAGGAGAGCUGGACUUCGAUUUGCGACAGGAAAGAUGUUAAAGAGGACUUCAGGGAGUUCGACGAACCAGUGCAGCAGAUCAUAUCCUUGAUGGAGGAGAAGCCAAGUCGGUGGCUCCUCAACGAUAGGGAACCACUUCUACAGUGGCAUUUCCUCGAGGGCAAGGUCGUAGUCCUCGGAGAUGCUGCUCACGCCAUGCUUCCACACAUGGGUGCAGGUGCAGGACAGGCCAUCGAAGAUGCGUGGAUGCUUGGAAGGGCCUUGAGUGAUCACCUGUCACCAUUACUAGAAGAGAACUCUUCCUCAACGUUGAAGUCUGCAAUGCAGUUUUUUCAAGACCUCAGAUUGCCGAGGGCUCAAAAAGUACAAGCAAACAGCAGGAUAGCGGGGAACACGUACGAGAUGCAGACAGAGGAGAUGGCGCCUUUGACUUACGACGAGUGCAUCCCGAUUCUUGCCGAGCGCACCAAGGAGCGGAUGAAGUGGGUGUGGAACGAGGAUAUUGAUGAGGCCUACGAGCACGCCAAGAGUGAGCUCAGAUAG